CUCCUCCGUCACAACCCUAUUUCUCAAGAGGAGUCCUACUUGGAGGUACAACCAAGGCUGAUUACGGUUUGCUGAGGACCAGCCUGGCUGAGAUGUCACGUGGCGUGGCUUAGAGGUGAUGAGAAACAAAACAGCCUGCAAUCUGUAGAAACUUGGAUGCUUUUACCAGGAUUCCUGGAGGAUUGGUUUUGUUCAGUCUGAAAUGACAAGCCUGAAUUUACUUCUCAUGGAUGUGUGUACUCAUUUUAACAACAACAUCAGGCUCCUUGUGGUGUGUUCCAUCAAUGAUGAUUUAAGAAAUGGUGGGAAAUUCAUUUUUUUUCCCCUGUUUAAACUCCCACUUCACCCACAAUGUGAGCAAUCAUUUCCACUUGCCUUAUCUGCAGUUUUAUGAGCACCUUGAGCACGAUUGCAGUGGCAGCACGACUCCAAGACUAAACUGAAGACAUAAAAAUGCUGCUUUGGAAUUCUGCAGGUGUCGAGGAUCUGCUAGGGAACAGCAGUGACAAUGGGCUGUGGAAUGUGCAACAGGUCCUUGUCCCGAUAUUUGAUGUUCUGAUCCUGGUAUUGGGCGUAGGGGGACACACCAUGGUCAUGGUGAUCCUGUGUAGGAGGAGCAGGAGGCGGAUGGGUCAGUCAGGAACAGGUACGGACGUCCUCCUGCUGGCCCUGAGCUUUGCAGAUCUUCUUCUUCUCUCCACGCUUCCUUUCCACACGACCGCCAUCGCCAUGCAGCAUUGGCCUUUCGGGGACUCCCUGUGUCGUCUGGCUGGCUUUUUGGGAUCGGCCUGCACCUCGGCCAGCGCCUUCACGCUGUCCACCCUGGCGGUGUCGCGCUACAUGACGGUAGUGCACCCCGCCAGAACUUUCCGCUGCCUCUCUCCACGCCAGGUAGCCAUCACGGCUGCGCUUCUUUGGGUCCCGGCCUGCUGCCUGGCGACACCUCAGCUGGUGUUUCGUUUUGUGGGAAGCCCUCCAAAUAACCCAGAUGGCCUUGCUUGCUUUGCUUUCCUGUACCACAGAGAUGAGCUCAUUUAUGGAUUGAUUCAUUUCCUUGUGGCUUUCUUGCUCCCCCUAGUCACAAUUGCCAUCGCAUAUGGGAACAUCUACUUGUUCCUGUGGAGGACCCGGAAUGCUGUUCAAACUCCACAAGUGGAACGUUACCAGAGCAAGGUAACCCAGACGUCAGUAAUACUGGUUGUGGCGUUUACUCUGUGCUGGCUGCCUUCCUACGGCCUGACGCUGGCCUUGCUAUCUGACAAAAGCUUAGGGGCCACUGGCACCUCACCACGUUACGGUCCGUUCAGCGUGUUUGCACGACUCACGGCGAUCGCUUCAACAGUGUUAAACCCCAUCCUCUAUGUGCUCAUCUCCCAAAAGUUCAGACAGGAUCUGCUGAGGCUGUUUAAGAGGGAAGGGCAGACAGCCAGUGGGGGCGGGGCUGCCUGA